CAGUUAAACUAUCUUGGUCCUCCUUUCAACGAUCCGGACUUCAACCCCCCUCGUGCUGGUGGUCCAGACGCCAUCCCAAGUGCCUCAGUGGACUCUCAGAUGUGGCGCAACCUGAAUGACAGCCUGCGUUUAGCAGAGAACCACCGGGCCUACAGUCUCCUGCUCUGCUACCUGCGUUCCAUUGACAGUGAAGUGGCCAGAACUGAACUUCGAAGAAGCCUGGGCCGCUUCUGCACCAGCUUGCAGGGUCUGGUUGUCAGCAUUGCUGGUGUCAUGUCUUCCUUGGGCUACCAGCCUCCACCUGAAUUCUCCAAUUCUUCUCCUCAGCUUGGGUUGGGGUUUGGGAGGGGCAAUGACUUUCUGCGUAAGAUGGAGGACUUCUGGCUGCUGAAAGAGCUGCAGAUCUGGCUCUGGAGGUCAGCAAAGGACUUCAACAGGCUAAAAAGGAAGGUACCUGCAGUGGUGUCCUUCCGAGUUGAAUCUCGGGGCUACUGA